AUGCGGACCGUGUUUCCCACAAACCUUUUAGAUCCUUUUCUUCUGAUCAAAAAUGGUCUGGUCGCAGGGAGCUUUCGCUCGUCAGGCUCCAAAAAGGAAUUUCUAGUCUAUGAGCCAUCUACGGGAAACGUGCUUCAGAGCUGCGCAGAUAUGACAAAAGAAGACUUCAUUGAGGCCAUCGAGAGCGCCCAUAAAGGCUUUGAACUUUUUUCCACAACUACAACUGCCAAAGCACGUGGGGAAAUUUUGAGGAAGUGGUAUGAGCUGAUUUUGCAGCACAAGGAUGACCUUGCCAAGAUACUUUCUUUGGAGAAUGGAAAGACCCUGGCGGAGGCUCAAGGCGAGAUUGGCUACUGCGCGUCCUUCGUUUCCUGGUUUGCAGAGGAAGCAACUCGAUCCUACGGCGAUACAAUCCCCUCGUCUACUGCAACCGACUCCACUAUUAUUACAUUCAAGGAGCCUGUUGGUCCAUGUGCAAUUAUAACACCGUGGAACUUCCCCGCUGCCAUGAUAACCCGGAAGAUUGCCCCUGCCUUCGCCGCAGGUUGCUCUGUCGUUAUAAAGCCACCCAGUGAGACUCCAUUCAGCGCACUAGCAUUGGCAAAGCUUGCCCUCCAAGCAGGAGUUCCAAAAGACUGCAUUCAUGUCUUGCCUACCAAAGACCACCAAGCUUCUCAGGAAUUGAUCACCCACCCGAUGAUCAAAAAGGUCAGCUUCACCGGUUCUACAGGGGUUGGAAAGCUCCUAACAAAGCAAGCUGCGGGAACAAUGAAAAGAGUCAGUAUGGAGCUUGGAGGAAAUGCCCCAUUCAUUGUCUUUGACGAUGCAGACCUUGAUCUAGCCGUUGAUGGUGCUAUGAUAUGCAAGUUCCGUUGCUCGGGCCAAACGUGCAUUUGCGCCAAUCGCCUGCUGGUUCAUGAGUCAGUUGUGGAUAAGUUCACAGCCAAGCUAUGUGCUAAGGUGCAGGCCCUCCGCCUAGGACGAGGAAUUGACCACGGCACUACCCAAGGACCUCUUGUAAACACCACUGCCGUGGCGAAAAUUGACGCCCACGUAAAGGAUGCUCUAGAAAAGGGAGCCAUCUUACACACUGGGGGCAAAAAGCCCGCUGGACUUACUGGCUACUUCUAUGAGCCAACGGUAUUGACUGGUGUUACCACCAAUAUGAAAGUGGCCAGAGAUGAGACCUUUGGUCCUCUGGCGCCAAUUUUCUCAUUUUCUACUGAGGCUGAAGCAAUAGCCAUGUCCAACGACACCGAAUUUGGGCUUGCGGGCUAUUUCUUCAGCAACGACAUCAGCCGCGUUAUGCGUGUGGGUAGACAGCUACAGUGCGGUAUGAUCGGAGUCAACACCGGAGUCAUAAGUGCAGCAGAGGCUCCCUUUGGAGGUGUGAAGGAAAGUGGUGUUGGAAGAGAAGGGAGCAAGUAUGGGCUGGCUGAGUACCAGAGCAUCAAGUCAAUUACCAUCGGUAAUACUCGUUUUAGGACUUGA